AAGUAAUCGACUAUUAGCCACCUACUAUGGAAAUAAAAACUAAUUGAAAUAUUGACCAAUUAAGUCAGUUUAAUUGGCCAACAUGCUCACUAUUUUAUUCAGGUACUGGCUUCAUUUGCGGAAAACCCAUCUUGUUAAAACCUCCAAAAAUCCUCCACACUUUAUCAGCAUUUGAUAGAUUAUCCAACCCCCACUUCGAGACAGAUUCUACUACUAGAAGCUUGAUGAGGGAAAUUUGAUGUCAAAAGAAGAAAAAGCACUGUUUUUCACCUGUCAAGAAUGGAACUUGGUAUUUCAGCUUUUCUUUCUAACUCAUACUCACUGAUAUAUUCAGGUACUGAUUUUCUCCUUAGUUCCAGUUUCCUACGCUGGUUUUCUGGCGCAUUCAACUUCCUUCUGUUUCUUGUGCUGUUGACUUUGUAUGUCUGUAACAAACUUUGGGUGGACGAUAAAAAUCAAGGUUCUAAAGAAAGGUUUAAUAAGAAUAGGAGAAUCUUGUGCUAUAAACAGACUGUGCUCUGCUAUUUGGUGAUUUUGGUGAUCAAUCUUGUCUUAUGUAAGUUGAGCUACUUCCGUUGGUAUAAAAAUGGUUGGUCUGAUGAUGAGCAUUAUACCCUUUUGGAUUUAGUGCUUACAACACUCUUGCUUGGUAGUAUAAUAGUGGUUGUUGUGGACAUUGUUCAAGUUCAGUAUUUAGCAUGGGAAACCAUCUCUGCAUUCACUGGUUUGUUUCAACGUUAUGUGGGGUUCUCCCAAAAUUUAGAGUCAACUAAAUCGAGAGGGGAUGAUACCAUAACGCCUUAUUCAAAUGCUGGUCUUUUCAGUAUUAUUACCUUCUCUUGGAUAGGUUCUCUAAUUGCUGAUGGGCAUAAAAAAACUUUAGACCUUGCGGAUGUUCCUCAACUUUCUAGUCGGGAUAGUGCAGUUGGGGCAUUUCCAAUUAUCAGAAAUAAACCUGAGUCAAAUAGGGGUGAUGCUAGUGGAUUUACCACAUUUAAGCUCCUAAAGGCUUUGUUCUUCUCAGCUUGGAAAGAAAUUUUAUGGACUGUCUUGCUCGCGCUAUUACACUCAUCAGCUUCCUAUGUUGGUCCAUACCUUAUAGAUGCAUUUGUUCAAUGCCUGAAUGGGCGAGGAGAGUUCAAGAACAAGGGAUAUCUUUUAGCUGCUGCCUUUUUGCUUGGAGAGCUUGUACAGUGCCUCUCUGAGAUACACUGGUACUUUAAGUUGAACAAAAUUGAAAUUAGGAUUCGUGCAGUACUUAUGGCAAUGAUCUACAACAAGUGUUUGACCCUUUCAUCUCAGUCGAAGCAGCACCACACUAGUGGGGAGAUCAUCAAUUUUAUGACUGUUGAUGCAGAUAGAAUUGGUGAGUUGAGCUGGAGAAUGCACGAUCCCUGGCUAGUCAUCUUCCAGAUUGGAUUGGCCUUAUUCAUACUGUAUAAGAAUCUUGGGCUUGGAUCUGUUGCUGCUUUUAUUACAAUAGUUAUUAUCAUGUUAUUGAACUACCCAUUGGGAAGACUGCAGAAGAGUUUUCAGGACGAGUUAAUGAAAUCUAAAGAUAAAAGAAUGAAGGCAACAUCUGAAAUUUUAAGGAAUAUGAGAGUUCUCAAACUUCAGGCAUGGGAAAUGAAGGUUUUGUGUAAGAUCGUCGAGCUUCGGGAGACAGAGUCGGGAUGGUUGAAAAAAUCUGUUUACACUUCAUCAAUUGUUAGUUUUGUCUCCUGGGUUGCUCCUAUUUUUGUCUCUGUGGUUACAUUCAGUACUUGUAUGCUUGUAGGAAUCCCACUUGAGUCGGGAAAGAUCUUAUCUGCACUAGCAACAUUCAAGAUUCUCAAAGAGCCAAUCAAUAAGCUUCCUGACACAAUUUCUGUGAUGAUUCAGGCCAAGGUAUCCCUUGAUAGAAUUGCAUCUUUUCUCCGACUUGAUGACUUGCAGUCUGAUGCUGUAGAGAUAUUCCCAAAGGGUAGCUUGGAUACAGCAAUUGAGAUGCUAGAUGGAAACUUUUCUUGGGAUUUGUCUGCCCCUAACCCGACAUUGAAAGGCAUAAAUUUCAAGGCAUUCCAUGGUAUGAAGGUUGCUGUAUGUGGUACAGUCGGUUCAGGCAAGUCGAGCUUUCUUUCCUGCAUUUUGGGAGAGGUCCCCAAGGUCUCAGGGACACUUAAGUUAUGUGGGACAAAGGCCUAUGUUGCACAGUCACCAUGGAUACAGAGUGGCAAGAUUGAAGAGAACAUAUUAUUUGGUAAGGAGAUGGACAGAGAAAGGUACGAGAGGAUUCUAGAGGCGUGUUCUCUGAAGAAGGACCUGGAAGACCUGUCAUUUGGCGACCAAACUGUUAUAGGUGAGAGGGGUAUCAAUCUGAGUGGUGGACAAAAACAAAGAAUACAAAUUGCACGAGCUCUGUACCAUGAUGCUGAUAUCUAUCUUUUUGACGAUCCUUUUAGUGCUCUUGAUGCACAUACUGGAUCCCAUUUAUUUCAGGAAGUUUUGCUCGGCCUUUUGAGUUCAAAGACUGUGAUUUAUGUUACUCAUCAAAUUGAGUUUUUACCUGCUGCUGAUCUAAUAUUGGUCAUGAAAGAUGGAAGGAUUAUACAGGAUGGGAAGUAUAACGACAUCCUCAAUUCUGGGUCUGACUUUAUGGAACUUGUUGGUGCACACAAGACAGCUUUAGCAGCACUUGAUUCCAAUCAAGCAGGGCCAGUUUCUGGGAAUGAAAGUAUUAGCAAGGACAAUGAUGGCAUGAGCAGUACUAGUGAGGAUCCUCUAAAAGGAGAAAACAAAAAACUACAACAUGGGAAAGCUGAUGAGAUAAUUGAGCCAAAGAAACAGCUUGUACAAGAAGAAGAGAGAGAAAAAGGCAGUGCUGGGUUCCCAAUCUAUUGGAAAUAUCUCACAGCAGCAUAUGGGGGAGCUCUAGUGCCCUUUAUUUUGCUUGGACAUAUUCUCUUUGAGAUGCUUCAAGUUGGUAGCAACUAUUGGAUAGCUUGGGCAACAUCAGUGUCGAAUUCUGUGACACCUGUUGUCAGUGGAUACACACCAGUAAUAACUGUCUAUGUAGCAUUGGCAGUUGGAAGUUCUUUUUGCAUUCUUGCUCGAUCCACGCUUCUUGUAACAGCAGGAUAUAAAACAGCAAAUCUACUCUUCAAUAAAAUGCAUUUCUGUAUUUUCCGUGCACCCAUGUCCUUCUUCGAUGCAACCCCAAGUGGGCGAAUCCUAAGCAGAGCAUCUACAGACCAAAGUGUAGUUGAUAUGCAAAUUGCAAAAAGAGUUGGGGCAGUUGCAUUCUCAAUUAUCCAGCUUCUAGGAAUAAUUGCAGUGAUGUCUCAGGUAGCAUGGCAAGUUUUUAUUGUUUUUAUCCCUAUGAUUGCUGCUUGCAUCUGGUACCAGCAAUUUUACACCCCUUCUGCUAGACUUCAACGGUUGGUUGGAGUUUGCAAAGCUCCAAUUAUCCAACAUUUUGCUGAGACAAUUUCAGGAGUCACAACGAUCAGGAGCUUUGAUCAUCACUCAAGAUUCCAAGAAACAAAUACGAAACUAUUGGAUGCAUUUUUUCGGCCCAAGUUUUAUAAUAAGGCUGCAGUGGAAUGGCUUCGCUUCCGCAUGUAUAUCUUCUGUGCUAUUACAUUUGCCUUCUGUUUGUUUUUCUUAGUUUCUGUUCCUAAAGGAAUCGAUCCAGCCUUUGCUGGUUUAGCUGUGAUGUAUGGACUCAACCUAAACGAGUUACAAGCUUGGGUGAUUUGGAAUAUUUGCAAUCUGGAGACCAAAUUCAUAUCAGUAGAGAGAGUGUUUCAAUACAUGUCUAUUCCUAGUGAGCCUCCUCUCGUAAUAGAUGAAAACAGGCCAGACCGUUCUUGGCCAUCACAUGGAGAAAUUGAUAUUAAUAACUUGCAGGUCCGAUAUGCCCCUCAUCUGCCACUUGUUUUGCGAGGUCUCAAAUGUACCUUCCCAGGAGGGAAGAAAACUGGUAUUGUUGGGAGAACGGGCAGCGGGAAGUCAACACUUGUACAAACACUUUUCCGCAUUGUUGACCCUGCAGCUGGCCAGAUUGUUAUUGAUGGCAUCAAUAUAUCAUCAAUUGGUUUGCAAGAUCUGCGGUCAAGACUUAGCAUUAUCCCUCAGGAUCCCACCAUGUUUGAAGGAACUGUAAGGAGUAACUUGGACCCCCUUGAAGAAUACACCGAUGAACAAAUUUGGGAGGCACUAGAUAAAUGUCAACUUGGAGAUGAAAUCAGAAAGAAGGAGAAAGAGUUGGACUCCACAGUCAUCGAAAAUGGAGAGAACUGGAGUAUGGGUCAGAGGCAGCUAGUGUGUCUUGGUCGUGUAAUACUCAAGAAGAGUAAGAUCUUAGUCCUUGAUGAAGCUACUGCCUCUGUUGAUACAGGUACCGAUAAUUUAAUUCAGCAAACCAUUAGGCAACAUUUCUCCGAUUGUACAGUUAUAACCAUUGCACACCGAAUAACUUCUGUUCUCGAUAGCGACAUGGUUCUGCUUCUGGGUCAUGGGCUUAUUGAGGAAUUUGAUUCUCCAACAAGGUUAUUAGAAAACAAGUCAUCAUCAUUUGCACAACUUGUAGGGGAGUACACAGCAAGGUCAAGCACCAGUUUUGAGAAGUUAACGGAAUUGAAUGAAAAAGCUUCAUAAACUGCCAGGAAUUAAUAAUAUUUUGUAUGAAAAUUUAAAAGUUGGAAGCUUUUCUGGCUACUUAAUUGAAUUGAAUUGUGUUCUCCUUUUGAACUUUCCUUUGAAAAUGAUGAUGUGGUUGGCAUAUUAAAUAGGAUUCAGGGAAAUCUACAGAAAACUAAAGCUGAAAAUUUGGAGACCUUAUUUUUCAUCA